GGAGCAGGCAGCAAAUCCAAGCAGCAGAAGGCAACAAUCACAGUGCAGCAGACUGAGCACUUCCAGAAAGGACAGCUCCUUCUUUCCUACCAGGUCUCUUUGUAGUAUGACAGCAAAACUCUGAAGAUAUUUCUUGUGGAUUUCUUCAUUAUCAGGUGCUUAACCAAGAAAACCAUCUGAUCUACUUGUGAAAAUGCCUGAGCAAAGUAACGAUUACAGAGUAGUAGUAUUUGGAGCUGGAGGUGUGGGUAAAAGCUCCCUGGUUCUGCGCUUUGUAAAAGGUACAUUUCGAGAAAGCUAUAUACCAACUAUUGAAGACACCUACAGGCAAGUGAUCAGCUGCGACAAAAGUAUAUGUACUUUGCAAAUUACUGACACGACUGGAAGCCACCAAUUUCCAGCUAUGCAGCGCCUAUCUAUAUCAAAAGGACAUGCCUUCAUUUUGGUUUACUCCGUCACCAGCAGGCAGUCCCUGGAAGAAUUGAAGCCAAUUUAUGAACAGGUUUGCCAGAUUAAGGGGGAUGUUGAGAGCAUCCCUAUCAUGUUAGUUGGAAAUAAAAGUGAUGAAAGCCAAAACAGAGAAGUGGACAGCUCGGAUGGAGAAGCAAUAGCAAAAAAAUGGAAAUGUGCCUUCAUGGAGACAUCUGCCAAGAUGAACCACAAUGUGAAGGAGUUGUUUCAAGAGCUUCUGAACCUUGAGAAACGCAGGACUGUGAGCCUUCAGAUAGAUGGCAAGAAAAGCAAGCAGCAAAAAAGGAAAGAAAAACUGAAAGGCAAAUGUGUUGUCAUGUAAAAGUCUAUUUAUUCUAACCUUGCAGCGCUGGAGAUGAUAGGGAAACUGCAUGCACAACACUUGGCAAUGCACUAUUUUAUCAUCCGGAAAUAAAUGGCACAUAAUUUAACUGUUUUACCUCAAGAAAUGUUUGAGGUAGACAUGACUAGACUUGAAAAUAAUUUAGUGUCAAUUUCAUCUUGUUCAAUGUCAUUUAAUAGGACUUAAUCGUCAUUUCCAGCAUGCAACUUGCUAGAAAUGCUAGUGUGGAAAAUUUAGAAUUUUUUAAUUUAUUUAUAUAUAGAGACUGAAAAUUUGAAAUUGCAUGUGAUAGCCAUGCAUAUACAGUACAAAUAAUAAUAAGAUAAAUAUGAUAUUAAACUAUCCUGCAUAUUAUGGUAGCGCGGAACUCCGGAUUUCACAUCUCGUACAUUUGGGGUUUAUUACCUAAGGAAAUAUUAAGUGCAAAUAACUAUGUACCUUUCAUGCAUGAUAGGUCAUGUCCAUACUACAGCUGUAUUCCUUUUAGAGUAUAUUUUAUAAAAAUUAUAUACACAUAGCCAGACAUGUUUUAAUUGUGUAUUUGUUUUUUCUUAAUGUUUAUUGCCUUAACAAAAAGUUUCUCUAUCCAAAUACUUUUUACAGGGAUGAGACUAUGUGCUGAUGUAUAGCCAGUAUACACACAUUCAUGCAUUGCACAUGAAUGUUCUACAAAGUGUAUGUUCACCUCUGAAGAUCAUGUUACUGUUUUCACUGCAUACAUAAGAGCAUCAUUUUACUUUGCUUAUUUUGUAAUGAUCUUUAUCUUAAUGAACGGUUCUUCUAGUUGGCACUAAUUUGCUGACUGAGGUAAAUUGUUCAGCUGGAACCGUUUUUUCUUCUAUCGAACAUGCGGCUGCUUUGGGAUUGUUCUCAUCCUCAUUUAAAAAUGUGGUGAGAAUUUAACGCAGGGAUGCUAAAAUGGUUGCAAACAAGGAAAAUUUGAGCCAUAAAAUAAGGCACCAGGACCUCCUGACACUGGUGCAAUGUUGGACUGGCCCACCAGAGUACCAGAGGAUCCUCCAGUGGGUCCAGGCUUUGAUACCAUAGUGGGCCCCGAAGGUCCAGAAAAAAAAACAUUUGGUGCUGCUGCCUUUGGAGACAAUAAACUGCCACUUGGGUCUACUCUGUUUCUUCAAAUCAAAAGCUACUAGACUUUAUUGAUGAUGUGGGGGUUGGGCCUCAAAAAUAAUUUCCUCUGGUGGGACCAAUGAAGCCCAGUCUGACCCUGCACCAGUGGUAAGGAGUAUGGUAACAGUGUCUAGGUCCCUUUAAGUGCUGCUAGACACCAAGACCAGUGGUAAGAAGUUUGGUGGUGUCUUAGAUUACUUACUAGGGAACUAAUCCCCCCCCCCCAUCUUGUAUUAUGUAAGGCUGACCAUCCCAGAAUGAAAUUCAGCAGAGCAACUUUGUGGAUAUUGAGCCAGAACUAAGUCAAAACUAGAAGAAGCCAUCACAAUCGAGAAAGCAUCUGUGAUCAGUACAAGAUCAGUACAAGAUAAGUGAAGCAAAGCAGUUCCAAGUUUAUUUAACAUUACAUGUAGAUCAUAUCUAAAUGUAAACUGUAAAAUGGUUUUCAAAGGUGACUUAAAAUAUCAACUAAAUCACUUUAAGGCCUCAUUCACACGUCUCUGUUCGGUUUGCAGACGCAAAAACUCAGACCAAUUUGCCUCCAAAUUUUGCAUCUGCAAGGACUAAAGUAAUUCAUGCUCCUGUGUACUUCCUGCGGACCAAAGGUUUGCUGAAAAACAUGGACGUUUUAAUACACAUAUACAAUUUAAUGGCUCCCCGUGUUGUCCGUGGAGAGCAUGAACAAUACAUGGAUGUGAAUCACUGACAUGUGAAUAAGCCCUUAUUGAACUUUCAGUGGCAUGUGAUGGAUGCAUUUAGUUGGUGAACACAUCAAUUUUAUAGUCACAUGAGCAACUUUAACCCGCCAACAAUUCUAUACUGGGAAUAUUAAUCUAAGCAUCUAGUUAGGCAGCUCAAGAAAUGAAGAGUAUAAAGAGAUACUAGAUGUUGCCAAUUUAGACAUAUCAGCUAAGAAGAUGGCUCCUUUCCAGAAUAACUACUGCACAUAAAGGCCAUUAGCAGUCAUCUUCCAACACUAAGAUGAAUAUAUAGUAUCAGACAUUAAACUCUUGCAAAUUCCGCAAUAUCAGAACAUCUCCUAUUACACUUGCAAUAUUGCAGGAAGAAAAGCCAUCAUAACGAAAGAUCUAUCUUAAUGAUCCAAGACAUUAAAUAAAAGUUAUAUAUUUCCAUGUGAAUACAGGUUUAUUGUACAAUAAGAGUACACAACGUGGAAAACAUGAUCAGCAAUUGCAGGUACCAUAAACAGUGAAAGGUUAUUCUGCUCUCAUUCUGGACUUUCCAUACUUUUAAUAUUUUAAGCUACAAUGAUCAUGGGAAUACAAGAAACAGUAGUUUAUGGAAAAGCACAUUCAGUUUCCACAAUCAAUGAAUCCAGAAUUUUGAUACUUGAAAAUCUUUUAUAUGCCAUGCAUUUCUGACAGGAGAAACAUGCACAAAAAAAAACAAAAAAAAAAAACACAACAACAAAAAAGAUACAAGCGGCAUAUAUCUAGUGACAACUGAGAUGAAGAAGAGAGGUCCAUAGCAAAAUUAACAUGGGGUUCACUCCUUUUUGCUGAUUCACACAACUCUCCUCCUUGGCACAGGAGGGUGCACGGUUUGCUCACCCUCUUACAGGGGAUGAGUGAUAUGUGAACUUCUCCCUGGAUUAGCAAUAUUACCUCAUCCAUGGGGGAAGAGGUAAGGUCAAUGUCAGCUCAUCGGACCACAUAUUCAGUGCAGAAACUGGUUCUAAAACAUGUAUACCUUGCAUACUACACAGGCAGUUGAGCAGUUUAUUAUUUGGCACAGCUUCUCAUGGUAUAAUAAUGUGCUAUUUGUGGUUAUCAGUAGGAAGCAAUAAGUCAACUGUUAGAUGGGCCAUGCACGUUCUUAAAGAGGUGUUCCAUAAGUUGCAUUGGGAGAUGUUAUAACUGUCUAAUAUAUGACCCUUCUUGAUUGUAUAUGUGGAGAGGUGGGGUCAAAGUGCUGUUGUAGAAGAACAUAUUGUAUCUUGGAGACAUGAUUCAGAAAGUAAAUUCAGAAAGUAAAUUUGGGCUGAUGCCAGGGAAAUUGUCGGGAAUGAGCCAAAGCCCCCCCAAUAAUUCCCUGAUCGUGAGCGAAGGUGAUUGCUGAUUUUAGGGUACAUGCAGCAAUCAUCUUCUCUCUAUGUGGAAAACCUAUGGCUACUGUGAUUGCUGUUUAAUCCCAAUAAAAAUUCAUUGUAUGCCACCGGUACAUCCCUGUUUACACAAGGAUUAUCUGAUGAAUGAGUUUGCUUGGUCAUCAGAUGAUUAGUGGGACAUUUAAACAAAGCUAUUAUUGGGACGGAGUGUUUUUAAGAAUGAUCUUCCCAAAUAAUUGUCCAAUUUCUUAGGCCAUGUAAAAGUAGAAGAGCCUUAAAGAGGAACUGUUACCUCCCCUGACAUGUCUGUUUUAGUAACUUCUUUCAUUUCCCAUGCAAUUACUAUUCUGAAGCAUCUUUUUACGUACCUCUGUGUUGUCACUGCCUCAGUUAUGUUACAAGAGGGGUAUUAAUGAAACUGGAUGUCAUGAGUGGUGGUGGUGGUGGGGUGUCCCUGCUCAGUCUGACCUUGUUCAAUCAGCGCUGAUAGUCUCAAAAUUUAAAGGUACAAUCCCCUACUUGCAACAUCCAGUUGAAGAUUUAUAAGUAAAGUACUGUUUCUACUAGCAAUAACUGAGAAACAGAAUAGUGUAGAAUUACAGUAUAUAUGAAAAGAUGCUUCAGAAUUGCUAGUGCAUGUAGAAUGCAGCUAGUUACUGAGACAUGUCAGGAGGUGUGCUCUUCAACUGUCCUAGAAGAGGAAUCGCCAAUUUUGCACAAAGGAGAGCAUUUCCUCACACAAAAAGUACAGGUCCACAGCAGCCCCAUCCUGUACCUCAUCUGUUCCCUGCAAUGUAUAUAUUAAAUGUAUUUAUGUAUACUGCUGACUCAUAGAACAGUGAAUUCCUACUGAGUAACAUUUUAUAGAUUUGCAGUGCUGCCCAGCUUCUAUAGAUAUUCAAUUAAUUAGUAUAUGUGGAUUGCUCAGAUUGAUACUAUAUCAUCUUUGAUAAAAACCCAAAUAUCUGCACCAGAUUCAUCUGUGACGUGCUGUCUUGGGGGUUGGUUCAACCAAAAUCCAGCUUGCAAAAAGAGUCUGGGCGCCACUAAAUGAAGUAUAAGCGAUGUUUUGGCACACAGACUUUUUCUCAAACUAUAUAUUUAUCUUAAGAAAGUCCUGUAUGAUGAAAAGUUGCUGUCUUUAGCAUUUGUACUCCAAAUGAAGCAGCUUAUAAUUAAUUUGACAGCGUUUUGGACUAUUUUUGCAAGCUUGAUAAAAGCCCUACACCCAACAUUAUGUACCCAUGCUAAAUGUCCAAUUAUCCAUUUCUACCACACAUGUCCACCACACUGCCGAGUUCAUAGUAAUAAAUUCAUAGUUUCAUUCUAUACAAUACUCUUGGAAAUUUUUUAACUUUACCAUAUAGUGACCCUAUAAUAAGAUACCAAUGGCUUGGCUGUUAUCCCUAAACCACUGUAAUGUCCUCCAGUAAAAAAAACUAUAGUCACCAUAUACUGCCAUAUGCCAAAUUAAAAUGCUCUCCAAAAUCAAACUGUGAGCUUGUGAUUCUUGAAAAAUCAAAUCAUCUUUAUAAGUUAGGGGGAGUUCAUACUCGCAUUGAUCUUUCCGUUGUAGCAUUCCGUUAUAUUAAGCUUAAAAAAAGUCCUGUCUGUCUUUAAUUUGUCCAAAAUGAUGGAAAGCGGAUGGAAUGCUGCUUUGCCUUUUUAUAUUCUGUUGAUCUUUAUAGCAAUUCUGUUAUUUUCCAGCAUAAGCAUAUUAUAACGGAAAGCUUUGGGCACACAUAAGUACCUGGGCCAUUGCUACUACUCAUGAGGUUUGUUACAUUGCUUUGUCUAGCUGCCAAGUACAGUAAUCAACAUCUCUAGUGUUUCUUUUCCACAAAAUGUGUCAGUCAAUCCAGUGAACCUACUUUUUUUAAAAUCUAAUUUCUCAAAUAUUUCAUAUAAAAAGUGGAUAUGACAAUGUCGUGAAGGGCGUCAUUAUUUAUUAUAUGAUUGUAAAUAGCUAGCAAUACCAACAAGAAUUGGUUUUCCACCUUGUAAAGUAGCAUUACAAGUUUAAUUAAUAUCCCAGUUGAAAACAAAUUAGACCAAGGUGGCAUCUACCCAUCAAGCGUGAUUGUUUUAGACAAAGGGUAUCAACCACAGUUAUGGCAUGUUUAUCACUGCAUUUCAACUGGGUUUGAAAACACAAGCUGUGUGUACAGGAAUAUAAGAGAUGUUAGAUUUAGGCUAAUUUAAAAUAUGCGAUAAACGUAAACAGGAAAGUGUCGGGAUCUCAUUAUAGCCUAUAGUUUUUUUUGCAGGAUGGAAAAGCACAGACUUCUGCGUUUUUCCAUCCAGUAAAGCAAAGUUGACAAAACUGAUGCACUUUUGGGAUCAUCUUUUUUUCUAUAGAAGCCUGUGGCUGUGUAUCUAAUAAAAUGAUCUUUUUUUAUUUAUUUUUUAUGUAGUUUACACUUCAGAUUGGGGUUAAAAAAUCCAGCAGCCUGUUCCGGCAUAAAUGCUGGCUGUAGGACCAGCAGUAUUUAUCAAGCUAAAAGCUGGCAUUUAUGCCGGAAAGUGACUGGAUUCCUGUCGGAUCCCAUCGUAGUCAAUUGGGAUCUGGCAGUUCCCAGUAUUAUCUAAGUAUGCUGGAGACGGUGAACUUCGGCAGGCUGGUCCUCUGCCGGAACAGUCUGCCGGAUAUUAUAAUACUACUGUGAAAGCAACCUUAACUGAAACAAAAAUGGAUACAACAGUUACUCUUAUCUACUGGUUAGGCUCUAUUUACAUCUGUGUGAGAGGCAUUUUGGGAAGCCUUUGGCACAAUCCUCCAUUGUAGAUUCCUUAAAAUUUGCCAGAAAAAAUAGCACUCUAUGCAGGACUAUUUUGUUCUGUAAAAAAAAAAAUAUAUUGUGAGGGAACCUAAAGGACCCCAUUGUAAGUAAGUGGGUUCCAUUAGGCGCCAUUUGUAUAGGUCAUGGGAUCCAAAUCACCAUAAUUUUCUUCUUCUUUGAGAGAACAGAAAAACAGAAAUUAGAACAAAGAUGCGAACAGAGUUGUAGAGAUGCAAGAACUUCCUUUUCUUCAUUUUUUUUAAAUCUAAAAUCUCCUUUGCGUGCAUAACAUUCAUUAAAUGCAUUCAGAUUCAUCUAGAAUUAUUUACAGUUGACCUUUAGUUUUUAAUGACUGUAUCUUUAUAAUAAUGAAUGAUUGCUUUUUAUACUUACUGAAUACCUUCUAGUCCAAACUACAAUAAGGCACUGAUUAUUUGUUCUAGUUAUUAGCACUAUGGUACUUCAGUCCAAAUAUUUGCUUUUUAAUUAUGAACGUAACCACAGGCUGUAAGUAGGGAGAGGUUCUGGAGGGGCAUAUGCACUAGGUACUGGGUAAGGAUGGCACCACUGCUCCCUCAAUGUUGUGCUCUAUAAAAACUAUAGAGGUAAAAAUUCCAUAUCCUGUAGACAGCAGUGUUAUAGGGCGUGUCAUUCCUAAUUAUUUUGUUGUUUUAGCUCUUUACUUUCCAAAGUGCACAGCUUAGAGGGAACUCUGGUUGGCACUGGUUUUAAUAAUAGGCAUACAUAUAUUUUGACAGCAGACUGACUUGGCAUGGUGCAGGAGAAAAGGGUUGGCACCCAGCUUUAGUAGUUGUCUGUAGACCUUUGUGUGUAUUACUUAUUCUAGAAGGGUCAAAUGUCAUUUUCUACCUCGGAUGAAAGAAAUCCAAGCUUUGCCCCUGAACAUGACCAUGGUGGUAAUGGUGUUACUAUAGGCACAAUAUACAAACUAAUAUAACAUAUACAUAUACUGAUAUAACUAAGCACAAUUGAGAUAUUUGGUACAACCAUGCCAAAAAAAAACAUUUGCUAUAUCGUUUAAACAGUAAUCACUCAUAGUGCAGCUUAACACGCAGCUUAAAACUCUAGAGACUAAAUACAACAUAUGUAUUUUAAAGCACAAGAUCUGGCUUUGAGGUCUGAGCAUAUACACUUCAUUAUGUGUCAUUUUAGGGUGUUAAUAAAAUUUGCCACUUGGCUACUACAUUGACGGUUGCAUCACUAGUAAAAUACAUUGGAGUAUCAAGUUGAAUGCUUAGGACUAUAUGUUCUUGAGGCUUAAAUAUUAUUGUAAGGCUUUGUUCACAUCUCUGUUUUGUAAAUCCACUAGUUUGUUCUGGU